AAUGAAUACGAAUGACCUAUUCGGAGGUGUAAGCAGUGAUGAAGAGGAACAAUGUGUCAUGCCACAACAGAUGCCAAGUGAGAAGGAUGUACUUGCAGAUUUGAAAAUGAGUGAUAAAGAAGAUAUACUCGUGGAAACUGCGCCGUCUGUGGAAAAGAAGGAAGAACCUAUCGUCAAAAUGGAGGAAACCAUCUCAAUAACUCAACAGUCUUUUCUGCCGCAAAUCAAGCCUCAAGUUGUCUUCUAUCUUCCAAAUGAUAAUACUUCUACAAUUGUUUUUAAAUCAUUUUGGAUGCACAACGGAAAGCCCAUUAGAGAAAUCGUUGACGGACAGGGAACUAGUCAAUUCACUGCUUGUUUCAAAGAAUCUGUUCGGGAGGAAGAGCAGCGAAGAAAAAGAUUACGCGAGGAAAAAGAAAAAGAAAACGCGAUGAGAGCUGCUUCUCCGGAAAUUCCAGCCGGUCCCCCACCCACAAAACGGCAAAUUCUGGAGCAAGAAGAGAAGGAAAUUAUUCUAUUGAAAAAUCAAGUUCUCGUUGCCAACUUCUCACAAGAACAAAUUGAACGAUACGAGGUUUAUAGAAAAUCAUCGUUUAAAAAGUCCACAAUCAAACGUCUUAUCAAUGAAUUCACUGGAGGAAUUGACCUUGGAAAAAAGGUAGAUAUUGCAGUAGCUGGAUUGGCAAAAGUGUUGGUUGGCGAAAUUGUUGAAGAAGCUCUUGAUAUCAGAGAUUUGGAUGAAAAAGAAGCAAAAGAACCACUCCAGCCACAUCACAUUCGUCAGGCAUAUCUUCGUCUUGGAGAACAGGGAAAACUCUUACCGUCAUUUGGACAAGGAAAUAAUUGAGCUUUAUUGCCAGAGAAGAACUUUUUUCGAACAAUAUGGGUGUUUUUUUGUUUAUAUUGUUAUUUCAUCGAUCUCUAUUGUGACAAAGUUGUCUAUAUUUUUGGUUUAUAUUGGAAAUGAAUCAUUGGAAGUGGUAAAUGAUUUCUAUACUUCCAUAAAAAUAACCUUCCAAUCCACAUAAACUUGAAUUAGAAAA